CCCGAUCAGAACAUACAGCUGGUACUGGCCACUGGUCACCAAUGUUCUCUUUCCUUGAUCUCCGAGUGCAUAAAUCCAUCAUCGCAUUCGGACAUCUGAUGUCCGUGGGCUGCUCCCGGAAGCCACCUUUUGAGCACUCCCGACUCCCAGAGGAGUCAGCACAAGGUUAAAAGAGAAAGCCCUCCGAAAGAUCUCAAGGGCCAGCCAUUUACAUGAUAUCGGACAAACAGAACCUUGUGUCAUAUUUCCUCCUGUUUGGUACCGAAGAUGUCUCCGACUACAAUUGUUCUCUGCCUCCUUUCUCUCUUUCUAUCAGGCUUUCUCUGUCGAGUCAUGUGUAAUCUUCACAUCCCCUUUCGUUCCAGACGACUUUGGUGAAGGUCUAAUUUUCUGAGAGCUACGAGGUUGACAUCGAUGGGCAAAACAGGUCGGUAAAGAUGGAAUCCAGCUGAGAAUGUCGAGCCUCGUCCUGAGAUCGAGUGGAUGAUCUGAACCAAGUACCAACGAUCAACACCUUCGCGGGAACGGAUUCCUUGAAUAGCAGAAGGUGUGGUGCGCCUGAUAUAGGCUCCCCGACCUAUUCUAUUCGCCGGGAUAGUCAUUCAAUAUGAAGCCUGUGUCGGUGGACACAGAUUUACACUUAAGGUUAUGAUGCAGGUGAGAUUUGGAUCCGUCGACGUCUCGUUGUUUAGGGAGUAUCUGGGCUGAAAGUGAGGGAGAUGCAGCAUGCCGAGAGUUGUGACAGACGACAUUGAGAAAUUUGCUGAUCGAGCGAGCACCGGAUCGAGCAUCAUGGUGGAUCGAUAGGCAGCUAGCUAGUUUAGAUCGGUCGGGAUAUUAGAAGCGACAAUCGAGAAAAUUUCAGGAGGAAUAUAAGACGCAAAGCCCUGCAGCUGAGAAAUCACGAGGUGUAGGAAACACCUGGGCUGAUUGAUUGCCGAUGGUCGGACGAGGGCCACGCAAACUGAUCGACUUAUGGAACGAGGUGAGACCUCGUGGCCUCGAUAUGGGCACGAAAUCCAUAAUUGCACUGGUGGCCUUUUAUAUGGUGGUCGUGGUUUCCGCGAGCAGUAAUAGCAAUACAAGUUUUACAUUCUCAGCCGCCACGACGAAUUUCAGCUCGACCGAUAUUAUUUGUACGGGGAACGCGUCGUUAGUACCCCCGAACAGCUCCGUCAUAUCUAUGUGCCUCACACCGCCGUCGUCGAGCCUGUCGUCCAUCGUCACCGGCCGCUGCAUGUACAACCGGGCCGUUCAGUUCUCGCCGGCGCAGUCGUUCAGCACGGCGUUCAGCUUCAACUUCCUGACGAGCCAGCAACUGAACGGUGAAGGGUUCGUAUUCAUCAUCGGCACGGACGCCACGUACGUUCCGACGGCGGCAGAGGGCUACGGGUUCAUGGGCUGGCUGAACGAGUCCACCAACGGCGUGAAGACGGGCCUUAACUUUGGGGUCGAGUUCGACUUGAAGCAGGAGGUGAAUUUCGACGACCCGCCGCGCGCUCACGUUGGAAUUAAUCUCGACAGCAUGACCUCGCUGACGACGAAGGUGACGCCGGACAUUCAAACGUCUGACAGCACGGAGACCACGUACGCCUGGGUCGACUACGAUCGAAACACAUCGGAGGUCCAGGUCAGAGUGAGCAAGGAUCGCCGGAAGCCAUGUCAAGCAAGUUUGAGCCAGGUGGUGAACCUCACAGUUCUGCUUUCGCAGCCGCGGUACGUCGGAUUCUCGGCAUCCACCGGCCCUGCGAACUCGAGCCUCUCGCAGCCCACCAUCUUCGACUGGGCCUUCGAUGCCACGGGGGCGCCGGUCGAUCUCUGGGGCGCUCCGUCGGCCUGUGGUUACGUCUGGUCGUGGUAUUAUUCGUUGGCGGUCGGCCUCGCCUCCGCAGUCGUGGUCGCGGUCGCGGUUUGCGCCGUGUGGAUCUUCUGCCGCACUCGGCAACGCAGCACGGUGCAGGUCCAGGUGGACCGAGGGCUGCCGACGUACUUGUCGGCCGUCUAUCUGGACCAUCUGUGCGGACCUCGGGCCUUCUCAUACGCAGAUCUGGUCUCGGCAACGGACGGAUUCAAGCCGGACUCGAUCAUCGGCCGCGGAAAGUUCGGCAUCGUCUUCAAGGGGAAGCUCCGCAAAGGGGACGCGAAAGGGAGCUGUGAGGAGUCACUGAUCGCCGUCAAGCGCAUGAAAACGUCGAACGAAAUUGGACGCAAGGAAUUCGAGUCGGAAGUGAAGGCCAUCGGGCGGCUGCUGCAUCAGAACCUCGUGCCGCUGCUGGGAUGGUGCUGCGACGAGGGCAAAUUUUACAUCGUCUACGAUUACAUGCCGCACGGGACGCUGCAGGAACUGCUGUUCCCCGCGAAGGGCUCGAACGCCGAGGCGCUGUGCUGGGAGCGGAGGAAGAGAAUGGUCAGCGACGUGGCCGCGGCGCUGGCAUUUCUGCACGAAGGGGUGCCCGGGCUCACCGUCAUGCAUCGGGACGUGAAGUCCAGCAAUGUGCUGCUCGACAAGGAGUUCAAUGCGCGGUUGGGGGAUUUCGGGCUGGCCAGAUCUUACGACAAAAGCGAUACGCACUACAGCACGAAUCCGGCCGGCACGGUGGGCUACAUGGCGCCCGAGUGCACGAUCACGGGCGUGGCCACGGUGAAGAUCGACGUGUAUAGCUUCGGGGCUUUGACGCUGGAGGUCGCCUGCGGCAAGAAGCCGGCUGACCGGGAGCUGCCGGGCGAGCAAGGGCUCGUGUACUGGGUGUGGAGCCUGCACAACGAGGGCGACCUUUUGCGCGCGGCCGAUCCCGCGCUGCAACGCGCCGGAGGGUUCGACGUCGAGGAAAUGACCACCAUGUUGACGUUGGGCCUCUGCUGCUGCCACCCGGACUCCUCCAAGAGGCCGACCAUGCGCCAGGUCCAAGGCUUCUUGAAGGGCGAUAUUCCCAUCUCCUCGCUGCCUCCGCUUCCUUCGAGCUGGUGGGGCUACGACAUUCCCAGAGCCCCGACUGACGACCACACUUCGUCCCAGUCGGAGCCACCGUCCCGAACCUCUGAUUCUUCCAAUUCUUCCAAUUCUUCCAAUUCUAAUUCGGUAGACCCCUAUGCCACCAGUCUCUCGGAGUCGCCACUGCCGUCGAUCUACCUCUCGGCCGAACCAAAUUCGACAUCUUAAAUUCGUGGCCCUCGACGACUCCUCACGAUGGACUCUGACUGAAUUGUGGCGUACUAAUGGACCCUCGACUGCUUCCUUUUCAGCUCUUCUGUCACUGGACCGCUUCGACCAGUGAUUUGCCGUGACGUAGAGACGUUUAGGUGUGUUCUUUCAGUUGUAAUGAUACGAAACAGGUUCUUGAGUGUCGGACUUGUACAUCUGUUUCUGAAAGCCGUCCUCGAAUUAUGAAUACAGCCCAGAAGAAAAGAGAUUUUGAAUUGAUGACUUCUCCGGUCGACAGGACUGGCGAAUUUAUCAUCUUGUUUCACUUCCGAAGCAAACUUUUGUAUCUUCAUAAGUAUCACCCUCGAGCUAAUAGGGCUGCGGUCUUUCGCAUGCGACGAUCGCAAAUCCUUGACUUGUACAGUACUGCCCUCUAGUUUUGUAUUACAUGUAAUCAACCACUCACCUGUGACGACAACAUCUUCAACCCCCCACGUUGAAGAUCAACCUGGGGUUGAAGAUGUUGUCGUCUCAAGUAAAUCCGAGCAAGUGUCUUCGGCUUUCUUUGACUGGUGUGACAUAAGCAGUUUCCCUUCAUACUUCGAGAGCUGUCGAUUGACUAAUGAACUGUAUCUUGUUUGUGUGCUGUUGAGUCAACG